CAUUUGACCUCAGCGUUGCCCUGUCGAUCACAUAAUAUUUAAGACUGCGCGCAGGCAGUAGUCGUUCAUUCUGCUCGUCAAUCCUCUUAUCCAUUGUCACUGCUUGCAUACCUCUUUCAGACAUUCCCUGACGUGCUCUUUUCUCUGCGCUGAAACGCUCGACCUGAGCUGUUAGGAGUCCGAGUUUGUGUCGCGUGCUCACCUUCCCCUUCCCACCUUUCCGCAAUGGUCGCCACAGGCAAGACCGUCAACAGCCUCGCCUCCGGCGCUCGCCGUGUAUCCCGACGCCUGGUAGCAUCCUACAUUCUCGACUGGAUUCUCAUAGCUGCCAUAGCAGCCGUUGGCGGCGCAUUCAGCAAGAUCCACGGCGCAAAACAUGCCUUCUCCCUACAAGAUCCGUCCAUUUCAUACCCCUACCACGAUGACACCGUCUCCAUCGGCGUCGUGGUCAUUGUGUGUCUCGUGGCUCCUGGCAUAAUCACCGCCAUCAUAUCCCUACUCUUCAUUCCCGGUCCGACCGUCCACCGAUCCACACCGAGGUCACUUAUCUGGCGGCGCAAGAUCUGGGAAUGGAACACCGCGUGGAUGGGUCUGGGGUUGUCCCUGGCCAGUGCAUUGCUGAUCACAGAAGGGCUGAAGAUCACGGCGGGCAAGCCUAGACCGAUGAUGCUCGCUGUGUGUGAUCCAGAUACUAGUCCGCAGUCCCUGGCUCGGUAUCAGGUCGGUGGCCUGGGGAGUUCUCUUGGUUCGGCAGUACCGAUUGUCGUCGACUGGCACAUCUGUCGCAACACGGACGCCUCACAGCUACGCAACGCCUUCGCAAGUUGGCCGUCAGGACACUCGAGUUUCAGCUGGGCUGGUAUGUUGUACCUCAGUCUAUUCCUCUGCGCCAAGUUCGCCAUUCAUAUUCCUUUUUUGCCAGCGUCAGCCUCAUCAAACAGUAGGCGGUACAUUUCGACAUUUGACGAAGAAGGAGCGCACGACGAUCACGACGAAGACGAGGAUCCGUCAAAACGAUUACGAUUUGCGCCAUCACCACCACAAACCCCAUCACACCCGCCUCGCAACGAAGCAGCAGCGCCGCCUGUCUAUCUGUUUGUCAUUGCGUUUGUGCCUAUCGGUGUGGCAUUGUUCAUCGCGACUUCGCGCUGGUUCGACUACAAGCACCAUGGUUUCGACAUCAUUUCGGGCUCGCUGAUUGGCAUUGUCACGGCAUGGGUUGGAUUCAGGUGGUAUCAUCUGCCCAUUCAAGGCGGGAGUGGAUGGGCCUGGGGUGCAAGGAGUCGAGAUCGUGCGUUCUGGCUGGGUGUUGGUCGUGCGAAUUAUGUUGGUGAAGAAGGAUGGGAGUCUGCCAGGAUUGCUAGGGGUGGUGAGCAUAGAGAUGUCGAAGCUGGAGGACAUGUCGUUGGCGCUGGCUUGCCGGAUCAACGUGAGUCCACUGAGACGGGCGUGUCAGGUGGAAGGUCAUAAUGUCUGGAUGUGGUGACGGCGGAAUGGUUAUUGCAUUGAAGCAUAUUAGCGCAGGCGGGUUGAAAACGGAUUGCAUCGGAUAUGUAUGUACAAGAGAUUGAUACCACCAGGUGAGGUGGGCACGCAUGGUAGGAUGGUUGCAUUUGGUACAUGUACGGAGUGUGACAUGAGCAGGUCGGUUGACAAACGGAUUGUACGAGUUAUGUAUGAUGCAUGGAGCGUUUAUAAUCACAGAAUAGUACCUAAUCUCAGUAAUAGCUUUUAGCAUGA